AUGCGAGCGACCUAGGGCGGAGGGCCUGAGGCGCCAGAUCUGAACUUACGGAGGGUAACCCCUCAAACUUUGAUUACAUCACUCCUCACCUCGCGCAAAGGACGGAUUUUUAUUUCUUUUUCUUUUCUUUUUUUUUUCUUUUUUUCAAGAGAGACUCAAACUUCGGCACUUGAUCCCUUUUCUUGGAUUGCUUUGGAGGAGCCCAUUUGCUGGCGGCGUCGGGAACAUUCAGGACUGUGUUAUUUUAAUUCUUAUUUUUAAAGUGACAGAGGAUCAGACUUUUUAAAUGUUUGGGAUUCAAGAUACUUUAGGAAGAGGACCAGCUCUUAAAGAGAAAUCGCUGGGCGGCGAGAUGGAUUCGGUCAGGUCCUGGGUGCGGAAUGUCGGCGUGGUGGACGCCAAUGUCGCGGCGCAGAGCGGGGUCGCCCUGUCCCGGGCCCACUUUGAGAAGCAGCCUCCCUCCAACUUGAGGAAAUCCAACUUCUUUCAUUUCGUCCUGGCGCUCUACGACAGGCAGGGGCAGCCGGUGGAAAUCGAGCGCACAGCAUUCGUGGAUUUUGUGGAGAACGAUAAAGAACAAGGCAACGAGAAGACCAACAACGGCACCCACUACAAGUUACAGCUCCUCUACAGUAACGGCGUCCGCACGGAGCAAGACCUCUAUGUCAGGCUCAUCGACUCGGUCACUAAGCAGCCCAUAGCAUAUGAGGGACAGAAUAAGAAUCCUGAAAUGUGCCGAGUUCUCCUGACCCACGAAGUCAUGUGCAGUCGAUGUUGCGAAAAGAAAAGCUGUGGAAACCGAAAUGAGACGCCUUCGGACCCUGUCAUCAUUGACAGAUUCUUUUUAAAAUUUUUCCUCAAGUGCAAUCAGAAUUGUUUGAAAACAGCAGGAAACCCAAGGGACAUGAGACGGUUUCAGGUUGUGUUGUCAACAACAGUGAAUGUGGAUGGGCACGUGCUGGCCGUUUCUGACAACAUGUUUGUUCAUAACAAUUCCAAGCAUGGGCGAAGAGCACGAAGACUGGACCCGUCGGAAGCUACUCCCUGCAUCAAAGCCAUUAGCCCAAGUGAAGGCUGGACCACAGGAGGAGCCAUGGUCAUCAUCAUUGGGGAUAACUUCUUUGAUGGUCUUCAAGUGGUCUUUGGGACCAUGCUUGUAUGGAGUGAGCUAAUAACCCCCCAUGCCAUCAGAGUACAGACUCCUCCUCGGCACAUCCCUGGAGUAGUAGAAGUGACAUUAUCUUAUAAAUCCAAACAGUUCUGCAAAGGAGCCCCUGGAAGGUUCAUUUACACAGCAUUAAAUGAACCCACCAUAGACUAUGGCUUCCAGAGACUGCAAAAAGUCAUCCCAAGGCAUCCUGGAGAUCCAGAGAGAUUAGCUAAGGAAAUGCUGUUGAAAAGAGCUGCUGAUCUGGUGGAGGCCCUCUAUGGCACACCCCACAAUAACCAGGACAUCAUUUUGAAGCGAGCUGCAGACAUUGCGGAAGCCCUCUACAGUGUCCCCAGGAAUCCCAGCCAGAUUCCAGCUCUGUCCAGCUCCCCAGCUCACAGUGGCAUGAUGGGAAUCAACUCUUAUGGCAGCCAGCUUGGGGUCAGCAUCUCAGAGUCAACACAAGGAAAUAACCAAGGAUACAUCCGCAACACAAGCAGCAUCUCUCCACGGGGCUACUCUUCCAGCUCCACACCUCAACAGUCUAAUUACAGUACCUCCAGUAACAGUAUGAAUGGCUACAGCAAUGUCCCCAUGGCAAACCUGGGUGUUCCAGGAUCACCAGGGUUUCUGAAUGGCUCACCUACAGGCUCCCCUUAUGGAAUCAUGUCAUCGAGUCCCACCGUUGGAUCUUCCAGCACGUCCUCCAUCCUCCCAUUUUCCUCUUCAGUUUUUCCUGCUGUCAAACAGAAGAGUGCCUUCGCCCCUGUCAUCAGGCCCCAAGGCUCCCCUUCGCCUGCUUGCUCCAGUGGCAAUGGAAAUGGAUUCAGAGCCAUGACCGGACUUGUCGUACCCCCGAUGUAAAGAAGAGGAAGAACUGCUUUCUUAUAGCACAAAACUACUUAUCCCGAUGGACCAAUAAUGAAGAAAGCACCAUGAGCUCUUUGGGGAGAGUUGUGCCCCCAAGCAAAUGUGAUGGAUGAGUUUGGGUAUGCAAGGAGCCGGCAUCUCACUUGUUCUCACAUUCUUCUCGUAGCACUGAUGGUGGCUACACAAACUGACCCUCUUGGGAGACAAGGACAAAUGACGUCAUUGACGUGGUCAGUGCUAAGAGCAGAAAUGCAAUUCUUUGUUAUGAACAUUAUGAAAACCACCUUCCUAUGUUUGUAAAAUAUUUAAGAAAAAAA